CCCGGCUCACAGGAUGCUGCGCUAAGAGACGUCAAGGACUUCUUUGCACUAACAGGUAUUUGAGAAAAUUUUGAAAAAUGAGUGGAUUUUUCCAAAUGUUGAGAAAGCGAAAGGAGCUAAUUCCUCUGAUAGGGUUCAUGGCUUUUGCUGCAACAGGAGCCACCUCUGCUGCGCUCUACUUUCUAUUUACUAAAACUGAUGUUAUUCUGAAUAAAACCAAAAACCCAGAACCAUGGGAGAGAGUGGACCCAUUAAAACCCCAAAAGCUUAUCACCAUCAAUCAGCAGUGGAAACCAGUGGAGGCGCUGGAGCUGGUGAAGAGCCUCACCAAGUAAAAAAGGCGGGCAUCUGCUAGCAAGAUCCACGAUGUGACUACCUGCCUGUCCCUGUCCCCCCCCAUCAGUCUAACAGAAUCCUUUCUGCACAAACUAGGACGCUUUGACACUCAGUGUGCGGAAAUGCUUCUGCUCCACUGGUGGGGUUUCACCCUGCUAAACCCAAGGACACCCAUCUACAACAGUAGGAAACUAUGCAGAUAAAAAUUAUUCAAAAUGAAAAUCUUACUUUGUUUCUUUGAUUACAACUAGAGCUAUAUUUAUAUCGAAUGAGCUGCCUUAUUAAUUUAAUGCAGUUGCUAGUAACAGCAACCCGGAUGCUCAUAUAGUAGAUGUGAAUGUACGAUAGUGUCAAUGUGAAGACACAAAAUGUAAACUGGGUAAAUAAUGUACUGUACAGUGUCAAUAAAUUAAUA